CUAUAAUUCAGCAUUCCGCACAGUGCUCCGGUUUUCUGAGUACUCCGAAACAGUAUGGAGAGAGUGGUGCGACAGUUAUCCCUCGCCCUGGUGGUGAGCAUAGGGAUCGUGCAAUGCGAUCCACCGUUGAACACCCAAUAUGGCGUUCCAGGGAAUUAUGCUGGCAGUAAUACCAACCAUGGAACGCAAAAUGGAAAUAAUUUUGGUAACCAUCAUUACGACAAUGGAAACGACAAUGAUUACGUCGAUCAGCCGAUGUCCUAUGAAUUCGGGUAUGCUGUGAAGGACCAAGCAACCGGAAAUGACUUUGGCAGGCGCGAGAGCAGCGACGGCGAGACCGUAAGGGGAGAGUACAGGGUCCAGUUACCAGAUGGCAGGACGCAGAUAGUAACCUACACAGCUGACUGGAGGACAGGAUUCCACGCAGAUGUUAGAUACGAGGGUACACCGACUUAUCCUGAUCAGUACAACACUCAGAACAAUGGAUACAAUAAUAACAACCAGGGUGCUGGCCAAGGCUUUGGUUUUCAUGGUAAUAAUAAUGCUGGAGGAUACAAUACAGGCAAUUCAGGAAAUAACGGAGGGUACAACUACCAGCCACCCAGUGGUAGCAAUUAUCCAUACCAGUUCAGUUCCAACGCAUUGGAUAACAGUUAUAAUAACUUCGGGGCUCGCAAUAACUAUAAUACGCGGAUUCCAUCGACGACAUAUGGAUCAGCCUUUAAGUGA